UUACAAUGGGAACCAUUAGCAGACGCAUGUUUUCACUACGAUCUCUUUAGGCUGGUAACACCCACCGAUGGUCUCCAUGGAAACGUCGUCCACCACGCGGAAGGGGGAAAAGUAUCAGCAGUAACGCUAACGUUAGUUCUCUGACUUAGGCAAGACAUACUAUACAGUCUUUGACAAAAUUGGUUAUUAUGAACCAAUUUCAGAAUUUGAUAAAUGACUGUCUUAUCGAUACAAAACACGUGGAAAGCGCUGUCAUUCUGGUUGCCAAGACUGCAGCAGUAACUGCGGCGUCUGCGAGGUUUCAGGUUCUUCCUACACAAGCCCAGAUUUUCAUAGACUCUUUCAAGCACAUGACAUCGACCAGGGAGCGGGGCUUCUACUUUCAAGACAAAACAUACACCUGUGUCCGAGCUGACAGGAACUCCAUCUACUGCAAAUGUGGAACACAUGGCUUGAUUCUUGUGAAGACUGCUCUGUACAUUAUAGUGGCCACAUACAACGACAGCAUGUACCCUAGCGUGUGUGUGGAGGCUGUCGAGAAACUAGCUGUGUACCUCAAGGAAAAGGGAAAAUGAAACCUGAAGAGGAGCAGCGUUCUGAUGGAUGAAACGGAUGAAGUGGACUGGUCAAGUUAAACAGUUGCCUGAACAGUUAGGCCACCUGCUAAGGAGGACAAACAUGUUUAGGAGAAAGUCGGUGUGUGUUUGUUUUCUUUCUAUGAACUCGCCCCUGUCCCCUCUCGCAGUAUACAGGUUUAACCACUAGGUGGUAGUCAAUAGUAAAUAACCUAGCUGUGUGGUCCAAGAACCGUUUUUAGUGUUGAGAUCCUCUUAGAACAGGGAUUAUGACCAACCAUGGUCAAUGAGAUGCAGUAGUUCCAGCCCUGCUCUAUCACAUCUGAUUCUACUCCUCAGCAAACAGACAUGGUUUUGGGGCUUCGUGGCUAAAAGGCCUUUUUAAACUGUCUCUGUUCAUCGCAGACUUUCUGUUCAAACACUUCAAUUACUCUCCAUCCCCCUCUGGUGAUAACAUGAUUAACCUAACUACACACUCGCACUUUACACAUACGCGCAUGAACACACACACACACACACACACCCUGACGUAGCCUUGAUGAGUGUUUCAGAGCUGAAGCUGUGUAAAUGAAUUUCCUCAUGUGAACAAAUAAAGGAAAUCUGUAACUGAGUCAAAACAUCAAAGAUCCCCCACCAUAUUUUACAGUAGGGAUGAGGUGUUUUCUGCAUAUGUGUUGUUUCGGAAGGCCAAACCCACCAUCUGACCAUGGAGUUUGCUAAUUGGCUUUGACACUUGUAUUGUUGCUAUGGUUAUAUGACAUGAAAAUAGAGCUCUGGCCACACUACAGAAGUGGCUUUGGCCUUCGAAAGAACAACACAUUUUCAGAAAAUACCUCAUCCCUACUGUAAAAUAUUGUGCUGGAUCUUUGAUGUUAUGAGGCUAUUUUACUUCCACUGGUCCUAGGGUCUUUGUUAAGGUCAACGACAUCAUGAACUUUACCAAGUACCAGGACAUUUUUUGCCAAAAACCUGGUUGCCUCUGCCAGGAGGCAGAAAUGUGGCCGCAAGUGGAUCUUCCAGCAAGACAAUAACCCCAAGCAUAAAAUAAUAAUAAAUGUUUUCGCAAUGUA